GGGAUUUGUUUGCAUUGUAUCCCUGCUGCUUGCUGAGACGACUGACGAACUGACAAAUCUGAGGGUUUGCCACUUGUAUUCAGUUGGAGAAAUGGCCAACAACGGCAAUGCUACCGCUUACCGCCACCAGAGGGCCGAAGGGCCAGCCACGGUUCUUGCCAUUGGCAAAGCUACACCCCCCACGGCUUAUCCUCAAAGUGAAUAUCCGGACUUCUUCUUCGACAUCACCAACACCAAUCACAAGACUCAGCUCAAAGCCAAAUUCGCCCGAAUAUGCAAUAAUUCAGGAAUCAACACGAGGUACUUUCACUGCACCGAAGAUGUUCUAAAGGCCAAUCCUUCCAUGUGCACGUACCUGGAACCUUCUCUCGAUGUUCGACAGGACAUUGCCAUCAGAGAGGUCCCGAGAUUGGCGGAGAAAGCAGCCAUCGAGGCCUUAGCGGAAUGGGGCCAGCCCAGGGACCAGAUCACGCACGUCGUCUUUGCAACUACGAGCGGAGUGAACAUGCCCGGAGCCGAUCUCACGCUCACCAGACUUCUCGGUUUGAAUCCCAAUGUGAACCGUACCAUGCUCUACCAGCAAGGGUGCUUCGGAGGGGCCACAGUUCUGCGCGUGGCCAAAGAUCUCGCCGAGAACAACAAAGGCGCUCGAGUGCUGACGGUGGUGAGCGAGCUCACCUGUGUGACUUUCCGCGCACCCAACGAGGAGCAUCUGGACAAUUUGGUGGGCUCAGCCAUCUUUGGCGAUGGAGCGUCCGUCCUGAUCAUAGGUUCCGAUCCCUUGCCCGAGCGGGAGAAACCGCAAUUCGAGAUUCACUGGUCAGGCGAGACCAUUCUUCCGGAGAGCGACGGUGCAAUCGAGGGGAGGCUGACGGAAGCAGGUCUGAUCUUCCACCUGCUCAAGGAUGUCCCCGGACUGAUUUCACGCAACACCCUUCCCAUCUUCAACAGAGCAAUCGAGGUUGCAGGAUCUCCGAGCUGGAACGAUCUGUUCUGGUGUGUGCACCCGGGAGGUCGUGCCAUUCUCGACGAAGUGGCCAAGACUUUGAGCUUGAAACCCGAGAAGCUGGAGGCUACCAGAGACGUGCUUUACAACUACGGAAACAUGUCCGGUGCCAGUGUGCUGUUCGUCCUGGAUCAGAUGAGGAGGCGGUCGGCCCAGAAGAAUAGCACCACCACCGGAGAAGGGUGCGAGUGGGGACUUGUGGUUGGAUUUGGACCGGGAUUGACAGUUGAAGUCUCUGUCCUGAAAGCCAUCCCCCGGCUGAUGUAGACACACAGCUCGUGUUCAAUGUUCAACGAACAUUUAUUUCAGAUUAGAUUGUCGACAACCCGACAUACUGACAAACCCACAUUCAUAAAGCCUGGAUUGAUUCCCAGGGCAAUACAGAUGCGUACAGAGACGAGGGCUUAGGGUUGCCCCUCUGCUACCGCACAAUGAUUCAUCGACAUACAAUUGUAUAGUUUAAAGUUCUAGGAAGUACCGGAUCAAUUUGGAGGAGCCAUUACCUUGAUACUAAUUGUAGUCAGGCCCUUACGUACAUAAGACCUGGGCAGCAGUGCCUAGGCCUCGGUCGGAAUUCAGGAGAUCUUGCACCUAAAUGUAAAAUGCACGGAAAUCUCCGAAGUUCCGGAUGACACUCCAAUUUCAGUUC